GUGGGCUGGCAAUUCUUUAACAUGGCUGUUGUCUGCAAAGAGAGGAGGACUUUAUCUCUCGCAAUGAAAUAGUCCGGCUUUUGCGGAAUUGUAGCGAAGCUCCCCCCCACUCGUCUCCCUGUUUAGCCGCUUUGACGCCAGCCCUGACAUGGCGCAGUGUGUCCAGUCCGUCCAAGAGUUCGUCCAGGACUCGUUCGUCCCGAUGGUGGCCGUCCUGUGUAGCGACGAAGCGGAGAGAGUGACUCGCAAGAACAAUCUGACUUUCGCCGAGCUGCUGCGGCCUUUCUGCAGACUCACGUCCGAAGGGCACAUCCGGGAUCCCAACAACCAGGUGCAGGUCGUGAAGAACCUUCGCAUCUGUGUUAACAAUCUGGCAACAAGCCCAAAUGCGGCAUCUGCAGCACUUAGUCCCACCCAGCGACGGCUGCUCAAUGAGGUGGUGUUAGCCUGUCAACCACAAGAGGGCUCUGUCACCAAUGCCAUCACAGCAGGAGACUACAACCUCAACUUCAACGAUCACUUUUUUAAAGCUAGCAUGCCAUGGUACAGUGCCUGGAGAGAGACACUGUUGGAGGUCAGCAUGAACGAGCAGUGCACAGCGACCACACCCUGGUUUGAAACCUACAGAGAGAACUUCCUCCAGUCCAUGCCUGCUUCUGACCACGAGUUCCUCAAUCACUACCUCGCCUGUUUGCUGGUGGUCUCCUCCACUGAGGCCGUUCCUAUGGAGCAGUUCUUGAAACUUUCCAACGAGCAGCACAGGGUUCAGCACAGCGGAGAAUGCACAAAUCCCAAGUGGUUCAUCCCCAACACGCUCAAGUACUACGUCCUCCUGCACGACACGAGCGAGGGCGACGAACAGAAGGCAGACACGGUGUAUGAAGACAUGAAACAGAGAUACGGUUCUCAGGGCUGCUACCUGCUGAAGAUGAACUCUCGCACCAUCUCCAGUGAAGAAGACGAGCAGAUUCCAGACCCCUGGAGUCAGUACCUGCACAGGAAUAACCUGCACAGCCAGGAUACACUCGACGACACGACUGUGAACAGUGCCACAGUAGAGAACAGUAUUAACACAGCUGAAGUGGACGGCCAGGACUCGACAGAGAAAGCAGACCCAGUGUCCAACAACCUGGACAGCCAUCCUCUGCAGCUGGACAGUGGCAGCAGCUCUGGCAGUCUUCAGACCCUCAGUGCAACAGGAAACACUGCCUCAAAGAAAAGUAGCAGAGAUCCAGAGAGUGCGGUGGGAGGAGCAGGAAGCCACGGGGCGAGUCUGACCCUGAACGACCACGACCGCAUCAGGCAGUUCAUCCAAGAGUUUACCUCCAGAGGCCUCCUGCCGCACAUCGAGAAGAGCAUCAGGCAGCUCAACGACCAGCUGGUCUCCAGGAAAGGUCUGAGUCGCUCUCUCUUCACUGCCACCAAGAAGUGGUUUGGGGGAGGCAAAGUUCCAGAGAAGAGUGUCAGUGAACCAAAGAGCACGUGUGGCCUUCUGUAUCCUCCAGAAGCUCCAGAGCUGCAGAUCAGGAAGAUGGCCGACCUGUGCUUCCUUGUGCAGCACUAUGAACUGGCCUACAGCUGUUACCACACGGCAAAGAAAGACUUCCUGUCUGACCAGGCCAUGCUGUAUGCUGCAGGAGCACUGGAAAUGGCCGCAGUGUCAGCUUUUCUUCAGGCCGGAGCUCCUCGACCGUAUCCUGCUCACUACAUGGACACGGCGAUACAGACGUACAGAGAUGUCUGCAAGAACAUGGUGCUGGCUGAGAGAUGUGCUUUACUCAGCGCUGAGAUUCUGAAGAGUCAGGGAAAAUACUCUGAUGCUGCCACGCUCCUCAUUAAGAUGACCAGUGAGGACUCAGACCUGCGCAGCGCUCUGAUGUUGGAGCAGGCCGCUCACUGCUUCAUUAACAUGAGGAACCCCAUGGUACGCAAGUUUGCCUUCCACAUGAUCCUGGCCGGUCAUCGUUUCAGCAAAGCAGGACAGCGGAGACAUGCCCUGCGCUGUUACUGCCAGGCCAUGCAGGUGUACAAGGAGAGGGGCUGGUCUCUGGCCGAGGACCACAUCAACUUCACCAUCGGCCGACAGUCCUUCACACUCCGCCAACAGGAGAACGCCGUCACGGCCUUCAGACAGAUCCUGACCAACGACAGCAGACAGACAGCCACGCAGCAGGCCGCCUUCCUCAGAGAGUAUCUCUACGUAUAUAAGAGUGUGAUAGGAGGAAAUGCAGUGAGCCUCCCACAGCUGCCUCUGCCCUGCAUCCACAGCUCAGCCACCAGAGUUUAUUUUGGACAUGAACGCCGCCUUGCUGAAGGGGAGAAACAAGCAGCCACUCAUGUGUCCUUGGACCAGGAGUACGACCAGGACUUGGCCGUCAUGUGGUGCAACCUUGAGGAGCAGCUCGUGGCUGCGGCGAACAGAGGGAUCGUCCCGAGCAACUUCCAGCCCACCCAGUGCUGCCUGAACAGCCAGACGGACAACCAGCGCCACCCACUGGCCGUGGUGGAGGAACCAGUCAUAGUGGAGGUGACGUUCAGGAACCCUCUGAAGGUUCCUCUGGCUCUGUCUAACCUGUCUCUGGUCUGGAGGUUCACCGCAGGUGAUUCGUCUCUUUCUAAAGAGGAGGCGACGGCGACCGAGGAGACACCAGGAGAGACCGUCACUAACGAGGAGACGCUGGCUCUGGAGGGGACGCAGAAAGAAGACGACAUCGUCACCACGGAGACCAUCAUUGACUUUCACUUGACUCCUGAGGAGACCAAAGUGGCCCGCCUCAGACUGCUGCCACACAGAACUGGACAGCUGAACAUCGUGGGUGUGGUGUAUAACCUGGCUGAAGCCUCUUCUGGAGAGAUCGCUCCCAGCGCUGGUGACGGCCAGAAGACGGGGGAUCUGAUUGUGGUUCGUGGAAGACAGGACCUGAAGAUCCAGGGUCCACGACUCAACCUGACCAAAGAGGACAAGAUGUCGGUCCGACACGGUCCCGAUCGACGUCUGGAUCCCAUCAUUACAACGUCUAUGCCCCUGAUGGAGGUGUUUUUCCUGCAGUUUCCCACCGCUCUGCUGUGUGGUGAGAUCAGAAAGGCUUAUGUAGAAUUCUGUAACGUCAGUGCUGUUGCUCUGACCGGUCUGCGGGUGGCAUCCACGCACCCUCAGUUCUUCACCUUCGGCAGCCAAGCCACAACACCGCUGACGCCACUCAGCCCGACCUCGGCCGAGAACUGCUCGCCGUAUAAAACGCUGGCCGCGGCGUCACAGCCGGGCGCUGUGGCAACGGAGAUGCUGGUUUCGGCCGAACAUUUCCAGCAGCUCUCCAGUGUGAUGGACAUCCCAGUAGAGGGCGACACUCUGCAGCCGGGGGAGUCCGUCCAGCUGCCGCUGUGGCUCCGAGGACCCGACCAGGAGGGGGUGCAUGAAAUCAACUUCCUCUUCUACUACGAGAACACGGAGAAAGGAAACAAAAUCAGUCACCGGGUGAUCCGUCACACAGCGUUCAUCUGCGCCAGUCGCUCUCUGAGCGUGCAGGCGUCGGCCUCCCGCAGCAGUGACCCUCCACAUCACAGCACCGAGGACAAAGGCAGCGGAGGAACGCUGGUCUUCAUCGACGUGGAGAACAUCAACACUAGUGAAUCUGGCGUGCGUGAGUUCCACAUCGUCCAGGUUUCCAGCAGCAGCAAACACUGGUGCCUCCACAAGUGCAUCAACCCAGCCAGAGACAAAGACUGUAAACUCACCAGCAGAGAGCGAGCCAAACUCUGCUUCAAGGCAAAACGAUGUAAACCACAAGUGACCUCGGAUACCGUGGGGAAAUAUACAUUUGCAGACCUGAAUCUGGGGAGCGAACGGAUCAUCAGCUCGUCCACGCCCUGUGGUGAUUUCUUCUUCCGCUGUUGUCGGACCUCAGGGUCUCCGUCUCAGCGAGGGGACGUGUCCUCGUCCAGGACGACGUCCAGCAGCAAGAAUCAGGGCCUGACUUCGUCCUCUGAGGACAUCGGCAACGUUGUCAGGAAGUGUAACGAGCUGGACCUCAACAUCAUCGUCAUCUGGAAGGCUUAUGUGGUUGAAGACAAUAAACAGCUGAUUCUAGAAGGUCAGCUUCACGUGGCUCUGCAGACCAUCGGCAAAGAGGCCACUUCACUGACGCCCAAAGAGGAAGCUCAGGAGAUGGUGCUCCUCAAGUUUAAAUCCGAGCUUCCUCUUCCAUUGGCUCCUCCAUCUGCAGAACUGUCCCAACUCAUCAAGACCAACUUGCACUACCCCGAGACAUACACACACCCAUUUGUCCAGGACAGUCUGUGUUUAGUGCCGGUGACUCUGUCUCUGUCCAACUGCUCCAUGGCUCAGGUGGACGUCCUCAUUGACUUACGGCACAAAAGCUCCAGUCCAGACAGCGUGGACGUCCACAACUCAUUCACGUGGGUCGGUCAGAGUCAGUACAAACUGCAGCUGAAGCCUCGGCAGCUCCUGUGUCUCACACUCAGAGCCUGUUUCCUGCACGCUGGGGUCUACAACCUCAACACGCCGCGAGUGCUCGCCAAACCCGCCGCGCAGACAGCGCUGAGCGAGACGAGUCAGCAGACGAGUGGCCCCGCCCUCAUCAUCAUCAACAACAACAACGACAACGAGGCUGCCUGAGGACAGGCUGACGAGACGCAACGCCGCAGACAGCGAGGACACUGUGGACGUCCACGCUGUCCAGCAGCUGCUCUGCACACGAGCCAGGAAACAGGAAGCAGACGCUGUGAAAGGAUGAGUGGGCAGACGAUGAAUGAGUUAAUUUAAAAGUGGAGUUCAUGAAGAGCUGAUGUUGCAGCUGAGGAGACGGACACUUUCUAUCAACCUCAUCAGUCAGGGUCUGUGCACAUGUCCCCAUCAUCAUCAUCGUUUAACCUCUGACACUCCACGUACUGUCUCCACCCGCCCACCAUGUCUCCUCCCACACACCAGCAUUUCAAAUGCACCUUCCCUCCUGGACAGAGUUGAGUAAGGACACAAGCUGCUGCUUUGUCUUUGAACACGGUCGACGUGUGCAUGUGUCACAUUACACCACUAGAGGGCUCUCACAUCACGGUGUGGUUAAGACUCUUUUUAAAGGUGCAGUGUGUGAUUCUAUUUGGCAGAAAUUCAAGAUAAAAAAAGUAUUUUAAAGUGAGAGUUCUCAGAAUCUGAGAAAAAAGAAGCCUGAAUUUAGGAUUGAAAGAUUCAUCUCUAUAAGUGAAUGCUACAUAGCUUCUCCUGACACAACAUCCACUAAAAUAUUCCUUAACUUAACUCCUCAAAGUUCCUUAUAGCAAUGUUGAACUUAAACGCUUAAACGCUAAAAUUUGACACACUGCACCUUUAACCUAACACUGUGUGAUGUUUGUGUUGAGACGGAGCAGCAGUUUUCAUCUUUAUUCUUUUUUCUUUUUUUUUUUAGCCUUUAUCUUCUCUACAUUCAUGUUCUCAUAUGUCCGCCCGCUCGGCACAGGCCCCUCCCACUACGUCUUUAACCAUGUUGUUAUUAAAGCGCUUGUUUAUUAUGCAUCGACGCAACAGCUUUUCUGAAAUUAAUGUAAUAUAUUUAUAUAACAAAGUGGAUGUAAAUAGUAAAUAAAUAAAAGUGUAACUAAUAAAGACACAGUAAGUGAG